GGCCUCAUCUUCCCCGCCGUAGCCGGCGCCCCCCGCCUCCACACCCCCAUGUACUUCUUCCUCCUCAACCUCUCUGUUCUUGACCUGGGCUCCAUCUCCACUACUGUCCCCAAAGCCAUGGCCAAUUCCCUCUGGGACACCAGGGACAUCUCCUAUGCAGGAUGUGCUGCACAGGUCUUUCUCUUUUUCUUUGCUGUUUCAGUGGAGUAUUUUGUUCUCACCAUCAUGGCCUAUGACCGCUACGUUGCCAUCUGCAAACCCCUGCACUACGGGACCCUCCUGGCCAGCAGAGCUUGUGUCCACAUGGCAGCAGCUGCCUGGGCCAGUGGGUUUCUCAAUGCUCUCCUGCACACAGCCAAUACAUUGUCACUGCCCCUCUGCAAGGGCAAUGCCCUGGACCAGUUCUUCUGUGAAAUCCCCCAGAUCCUCAAGCUCUCCUGCUCACACUCAGACUACCUCAGGCAAGUUGAUCUCCUUGCUUUUAGUGCUAUUGUAUUCCUGGGGUGUUUUGUUUUCAUUGUGGUGUCCUAUUUGCAGGUCUUCAGAGCUGUGCUGAGGAUCCCCUCUGAGCAGGGACGGCACAAAGCCUUUUCCAGGUGCCUUCCUCACCUGGCCAUGGUCUCCCUCUUUAUCAGCACUGGAGUGUUUGCCUACCUGAAGCCCCUCUCCAUCUCCUCACGAGUUCUAAAUCUGGUGGUGGCAGUUCUGUACUCAAUGGUUCCUCCAGCAGUGAACCCCGUCAUCUACAGCACGAGGAACCAGGAGCUCAAGGAUGCCUUACGGACACUGAUAGCUGGAUGGUUUUCAUCAGCCAUAGAGUGCCUCCUUGCCUCUGCAAAUGAUUCCAUGUGUAUAUCAUGA